AUAAAUUAACCGAUACAGUCAUAAAAUGGCCUACGUAGCAAAAAAAGAUAAAGCUUUCGAAGAUGUCGGUGCUAGCCCGUGGGUAAUUCGUCGUAGGUCUGAUGGAAGAAUUAAAUUGUUCAGAUCGACGGGAGAUGUACGAGCUUGGUCGCAUUGCAAGGAGGAUCGUCGACAAUACAUUUUAGAUCUUCUUAUGGCGGACAUUAAGAAAUGUGCAGGAGGUCUUAUACCAUUGGACCUGCUGGCAAAAGCAUGCCAGGGAGGAUCGGCAGGAGGAGGGAUUACGAAAAGUUUAUCGAGUGGAGCAGACAGAACGAAAAUAAGAAAAGGAGAAGGAUCGAUAGAUAAAGGUGAUGAAUCCCUAACAACUGAAAAAGAUGCUACAGAGGGUGACUUUGGGGAAUCAGGUGUGGGUGAAUCUAUAGCUGGGGUGACUGUAACAGGAAGAUCGGCAGCGGACAGUUACGUAUUAGGAGGGUCCAAAUUAGAUAGAACCGGUGCAGAUAUAGGACGGUCGACAUUAGGGCCUAAAUCAGGAGGUGACGAUUCCGGAUUAGGAAAAUCUGUAACUUUAACUUCCGGACCGGGAAAGAUGCGAUCGGAAGAAGCUGAAGCAGUUGUUUCAAACGUAGGUGGAAAUAUAGGAGAGCCAAAGUCAGAUAGGUUACGAUUAGGGGACUCAGACGUGGAUCGAAAAAGGGCAGAGGGAGCAGGAAUAGGGAAACCGGAAGUAGAUAGAAUAGGACCGGGAGGCUCAGGUGCUGAAGGGGCUAAACUAGCAGGGAAAGGGUUAAAAGGCGCAGGUACAGAUGGAACUGAAUUAGGUAGGGUAGAAGUAGAAGGAAAACAAGGGGAAUUAGGGGCUGUGGGAGGAACAGGAACUCAAGGUAAGAGAGCAGCAGGAGAGGAGUCAGUAGAACCAGGAUUAGAAGGGUCAGAACUAGGUGGGUCAAAAUUAAGGGAGCCAGGAGUAGAAAGUUCUCGAUUAGAAGGGCAGGAAAAGGUAACACCAGGAAUAGGAGGGGAGGAAUAUAAAAUGGGAGCGUCGGGAAGGUGUGCAACUAAGGGACAACAAACAGAAGACCCGUGCCUAAAAUACAAAAAGACUGUUAGAUGUCAAGGUGUGGCUACUGAUAACAUGGGGAAGAAUAAAGGAGUGGACACAAAGGGCAGAAUUGAUGAUGAUGGGGCAGCAGCAGGAGCGCGCGCGGGUGCUGGUGCUGGUGCUGAUUCUGGUGCGGGUGCUAGUGCGGGUGCGGGUGCUGGUGCGGGUGCGGGCGCGGGCGCGGGAGCGGGAGCGGAUGGAGGAUUGGGUGCAGGAGGCGCAGGAACGGGUGCGGGUGCAGGAGCGGGUGCGGGUGCAGGAGCGGGUGCGGGUGCAGAUGGGAAUGUAGAUGAGGAUGCAGCAGGAGCGAGCCGAAGUGAAGGUCAAAUUUGUAAACCAAAGCUACCACCCGAGUGCACUGUUAAGAAGUUCAAGUCUUGUGGAUCGUUACCACAAGAAAAAUCACCGUGUUCGCGACUGACGGAAAUUGAUGGAACCAUUGCUAAACAACGGAAAAUUGCCCGUAGUCAAGGGUUAGCAGCGUACAUAAAAAAUGUGGUAAUGUGCGACGAUCGUGGUAACAAAAGUGCCGCAUUAACAGUUAUCGAAGAAAUGCUAUGCGUCAUUCAGCGUCAACAGGCAAAAACAAGAAGUGCCGAGUGUAACACGACUGGCGAUGAAAAAAACGUAGAACGAUUACGUUCAGUCAUUGAUGAUUACAGGGCCGAAACGGAAGAACUUAGGAAUCAAAUUUCACAAGCAUAUUGUACAGAAAAGAAACACAAGAAGCUAAUCAUUCAACAGUCUGAAAGAAUAAAUCAAUUGGAAGUGUGGGCUAGCGCCGAUAGGAACGAACUGGAUAGACUAAGAAAGCAAUUAUGUGGAAGGGGAGAGGAAACGCAAGCUUAUCACGAAAUGAUGAGGAAUAUGAUGAAGGAAAUAGAGCAUUUAAAGCUACAAAAUUACGAACAACUCACCGCUCAACAGGAACACGAAUGUCAAAUGAACCGAUUACAGGAGUACGAAAGAGAGCUCUGCAAAGUGAAGCAAGAACGGGAUGGGCUCAGAAAAAAAAUGCAAAAAUCAAACUGUUGUCAAGAAGUACAGGUUGAUAAAGACCGAGAAAAGCAAGACAAACUGUUAUGUCAAUUAAAUGAAUGUCAAAGGAAUGCAGAGAUGAAGGAACGAGAAUUGAACACUCUCCGUAAAGAAGUUGAAUGCCUGAAAAGUGCGAAAAACAAGAAGGAAAAAGAAAUGGAAUGGGCCCUGUCGAAAGUUAAAGGUGAACUGGAUAAAAAGGAAUGCAUCAUUAAACAAUUUGGAAAUCAACUGGUACAGUUACAGAACACGUUACAGGAACGUGAAUGCAGGCUAAGGGAAGCCGAAAAUAGCUUGAUGGAAAUGCGAGAGCAGAUGUUCGAACUUAAAAUCAAAUUUGAUGCAAAUAGGGAUGAAGUGGAUAAACUGUAUGAGCAACUCUGUGAAAAGGGUAAAUCUUUACAAGAUCUACAGGAACAAAGUAAUAGUUUCAACUGUUCUUGUUAGUAACAUCCUCCUUUGCGGUUAUUUGAAGUCCCUGUUGUAUCUUUCAAAAAAAAAACAAAAAUUAAUAAAAAAAGUGUAAAAAGCAUUUAAUUUUUCCGGUAAAGAUGAAAAACCUUUGAAGGUAUUUUAAUUUAAAAUAUAAGACGAUUUUAAGUAGGUCUCUACAUAUGUACCAAGCACUUUUUGUCAAAGAUAUUUUUGUACUCAGAAAAGUUUUAAAAAAAUAAACUUUCCAAGAACAAGUCGGUGUAAGUAGUUUAUUUUUAAAAAUUUAGAAUUUUCAGUAAAAAUUGCUUUUGCUUUAUGAUAAUAUACUUGUUAAAUAGUAGUAGUGACUAUCUCUUCCUAAAAGAAAUAUUAAAAUCGGUUGAAAUUACAAAUAUUCCAUCAAUCAUUAGAUAUAUAAAUAGGUGUGCGCGUUAAAUUUAGUUUCUCAGAGUAAUACUAUAAAGACAAAAUAUAAACGACGCUCUACAUCAAGGCAGCGUGGCCGAGCGGUCUAAGGCGCUGGUUUUAGGCACCAGUCCGAAAGGGCGUGGGUUCGAAUCCCACCGCUGUCAACUUUUUUUCAUCUUUAUUCUAUAAAACAAGUUAUCAUAAAAACUUGAAUGUUGUUACACGAAAGUAAAAAUGUCGGAAACGGACUAAUUUAACUGAUUAGAUAAGAGGAAAACUUGAAAUACGCAAUUUGUUUUUGAAAAUAGUUAUUAGAAAUCAACUAGAUUUUAAUUAUAAGCAAAAGCCUUUUGAAUUGACAUUCACUCACGAAAAAGAAUGGGGUUGUUAGGAGGGAUAAAAUGAGGGUUUGCUAUUCUCCCUGUGGCUAUAAAGAUUGUAAAUCCGAGUGAAGAGGAGUUUGGAAAGUCUAAUUAAGUCAUACAUAAGGAUAAUGGGCUGUAGCGUAUAAACAAUAAGCACCUCAGUUUUAGCAACGUUCUGUAGCAUUAAUUUUAAUACAAUAUACGUACAAUAUCAAUAUUUAUUCAUUUCUAAACUAUUCUAUUUCUUUUGAGACGUCAUCUAAGUAGCAUACCUAUGUCAAAAUUAAAAAAUUAUAACCUCUGUUAAUUUAAAACCUUCGGAUUGGGAAAAAAAAAUGUGGAACUAAUAAUAAAAAAAAAAAUACAUCAUGAAAAUCCUG